UUGUCUACCUAGCACUACCCAAAUUAAUUUACAUAUAUGGGUGUCACGGAUAAAGGGGUCUUCAUUAUUGAUUACCCUCUGAACUUUGUGUCUCCUUGAUCACUACCCAGCAUCUUCCGCUUACUUUCCUUUCUCUCUUCACAAAGAGUUUCUUAAUUGAUGUUAUUAACCACAACUCUUGUGCAGCACAUACAUACACUUCUUCAAACUUCAAACAUAUGGCAUCCGCCUCUUCUUCCACUUCAAUCCCACUACCAUCACGACGAUCAUGUACCUAUGACGUGUUCUUGAGUUUUAGAGGAGAAGAUACUCGCACAGGCUUCACUGGCCAUCUCUAUGCGGCCCUCAACAGGAAGGGAAUCACAACCUACAAAGAUGACAAAAACCUUCGCAAAGGCCAUGUUAUUUCAAAAGAACUCCUCAAAGCAAUUGAAGAGUCCAUGUUUGCAGUCAUUGUUUUCUCACCGGACUACGCUUCCUCCAGUUGGUGCUUGGACGAGCUCCAAAAGAUCAUUGAGUGUAAGAACCAGCUGGGGCUACAGAUCGAGGCAGUGUUUUACGGUGUGGAGCCUUGUGAUGUGAGGCACCAAAGAGGAACCUUUGAGGAAGCUUUCAACAAACACGAACAGCGACAUGACCGUGAGAAAGUCAAGAGAUGGAAAGAUGCGCUAACAGAAGUUGCUGCUCAUUCUGGUUGGACCUCCAAAAAUCAGGACGAAGCAGUACUUGUGGAAAAUAUUACUCAACAUAUAUUUGAAAUAUUGAUUCCUAAGUUGCCAUCUUCAAUGAAGAAUCUUGUGGGGAUUAAUUCAAGAGUGGAACAAGUGAUUACUCUCAUAGGCCUUGGAUUGAAUGAUGUUCGCUUUAUAGCCAUAUGGGGAAUGGGCGGUAUGGGCAAGACCACUAUUGCUAGAGCAGUUUUUGAUAUCAUUCAAAGUAGAUUUGAAGUUACGUGCUUUCUUUACGAUGUAAGGGAUAGAUGCGAGAAAAAAGAUAUUACUCACAUACAAAAGCAACUUCUUAAACAAAUGAAUAUAAGUUCAAAUGUUGUUCAUGAUAAGGAAGAGUGGAGGAGAAUGAUUAAAAACUCUCUACAUCUCAAAAAGGUACUUCUUGUUCUUGAUGAUGUAAAUCAUGAAAAACAAUUAGAAAAUUUGGCUGGGGAAAAAGAUUGGUUUGGUCCUGGAAGCAGAAUAAUAAUGACAACUAGAGAUUUCCAUAUGCUAAGGAAAAAUAAGUUGCAUGAAACUUAUAACGUUGAAGGGUUAGUGGAAAGGGAAGCCCUUAACCUCUUUUCUUUAGAAGCUUUUAACCUGCCAAAACCUUCAGAAGAGUUUUUGGAUUUGUCCAAAGAAGUGGUCAAAUACAGCGGUGGUCUCCCAUUGGCACUUAAAGUAUUGGGUUCCUAUCUUAAUGGUAGACCUAUUGCGGUUUGGCAUAGUGCUAUUAAAAGAAUAAAGAAGUCUUCACAUUCUGAAAUUAUUGAUGUAUUGAAAAUAAGUUAUAUGGGUUUAGAAGAUACAGAAAAGAAUAUUUUUUUAGAUAUUGCUUGUUUCUUUAAAGGGUGGCCGAAAGAUUAUGCAACAGAGAUAUUAGAAAGAUGUGGUCAUGAUGCUGAAAUCGGUAUUGAUAUUUUGAUUAAUAGAUCAUUGGUCACUAUACACCAAAAUAAUACGUUGGGGAUGCAUGAUCUGCUUGAAGAAAUGGGCAAACAAAUUGUAAUUCAAAAAUCUCCGAAUGAUACUUGUAAGCAUAGCAGAUUGUGGUGUUUGGAGGAUGUUGAAUUUGUACUUACUCAAAAGAAGGAAACUGAAGCAAUUCAUAGCAUCGUUCUACAUAAGGUGUAUAGGAAAACUGAAGUGAAUCAGAGAGAUUUAUCUUUCUCAAAAAUGUGCCAGUUAAAGCUUCUCGUUUUAGAUUUUGUGGAAGUUCCCAUUCUCUGCGAUAUUCCUUGUACAUUAAAGGUAUUUCACUGGAUUAGUUGUCCACUGAAAACUCUGCCCCUUAAAGAUCAUCAACACUAUGAACUCGUUGAAAUUGUUCUAUCUUGUAGCGAAAUUGUACAGUUAUGGGAUGGAGAGAAGGUUCUAGAAAAGUUAGAGUACUUGGAUCUGUCAGGGUGCAGGCAGCUGAAGCAAACGCCAGAUCUUUCUAGGGCUCCCAAUCUUAAAAAACUUGAUCUAUGGGGAUGCAAGGAGCUGGAUUAUAUUCACCGGUCUCUUGCACACCACAAAAGGCUUGUUGAAUUGAAGUUAAGUGAAUGUAGGAGUCUUAAAACACUUGGAGAAAAAUUGGAGAUGAGUUCACUCGAGAUACUAGAUCUAUCUGAUUGCAGUAGAUUGAGAAGACUGCCAGAUCUUUCUGGGGCUCCCAAUCUUAAAACGCUUGAUCUUGAUGGAUGUGAGGAGCUAAAUUAUUUUCACCCAUCUCUCGCACACCACAAGAGGCUUGUUGAUUUGAAUUUAAGGGGAUGUGGGAGACUUGAAACACUUGGAGAUAAAUUGGAGAUGAGUUCACUCGAGAGACUAGAUCUAGAAUCUUGCAGUAGUUUGAGAAGACUGCCAGAAUUUGGGGACUGCAUGAAACAGUUAUCGAUUCCUGAGCUGAGAUAUACAGGUAUAGAAGGGGUACCCACGUCGCUUGGAAGUUUGGCUGGCAUGUCUGAGUUGGACUUAAGUGGAUGCGACAAUAUUACUGGUCUUCCCUUAUCACUUGGAUGUUUUGUUGGCCUAAAAAAGUUGGUGUUAAGUAGAUUCGUGGAGCUUAGUUGUCUUCCACACAAAACUCACGGGUUAGAGUCCCUCAAAGUUGAGGAUUUUUCUGACAGCACAAAUAUUGUUGGAUUUUUGCGUUCUCUCCCUUGCCUGACAUCUUUGAGUAGCCUGACCCUUUCCUACGAUAUCGGGUCAUCAAGAGAAGAGUCGACCCUUUCCUAUGAUAUUGCCCACUUAGCGUCGUUGACGCAUUUGGAUUUAUCUCACAGCAGUUUUUUAAGAGUUCCAAUAAGUAUCCAUCAACUUCCCAGACUUACAUGUCUAAAGCUAUCUUUUUGCGAUGAAUUGGAGGUUUUACCAGAGCUUCCAUCAAGUCUACGAGAAUUAAACGCAGAGUGUUGUUAUUCACUAGAUGCAUCAAAUGUUGAUGAUGUUAUAUCAAAGGCGUGUUGUGGCUUUGCAGAAUCAGCUAGCCAAGAUCGUGAAGACAUCUUGCAAAUGUUGAUCCCUGGGAAGGAAAUUCCAGCAUGGUUUGAGCAUCAGGAACAAGAUGAGGGAGUAUCACUCUCAUUCCCACUUAAUUGCCCUUCAACUGAAAUGGUCGCACUUGCUCUCUGUUUCCUAUUUGACAGUAUCCAAGAUCUCCAUAGAUUUUGGCCUAAGGUGAUCUGCAACGGGAAAGAAUUCAUCAACGCGACUUUAUACGUGACGACUGGUUCAGAUAAUUUGUUCAUUGUGUGCGUGAACGGUUACUAUUUUAGUAAGCUGUUAUGCCAACACAAUCGCUUCCAAAUGUUAUUUCCAGUUGAUAUCCGAGUAAAGAGAUGUGGAGCACGUUGGGUGUGCAAGCAAGACAUUCAAGAAUUCAAGAAAAGAAGAUCCCAAACAGGGAAAAGAAAAGCAACUCUUGAACUGAACAUGGACAUGAUCCCACAUUCUUCAACUUCUAGGAAUAAGAUGCUUGUGGUUGCCCCUCAACUAAAUGAACAAGAGGAAGAGCGAGCCGUCACAGCGGAGGGCCCUAUCCGCCAUUUGGCAUCUCGCAAAAGCUCUGACCCACCUGAACUCUUACCUCUCUUUCCUUUGCAUCCCAGUUCUCAUAGCUCAUGACACACCUUUCUCAAUAUAUUACAUGUAUCAUUAUUGCCAAGCUUAGAUAUCCUCAGCUAAAUGGUUCCCCAGAUCUGAAGCUUUUGACACAGCUCAUUGCAUCCAUCCACAAAGAAAUGAAAAAUAAUAUGUUGGUUUCUGAUAGAGGAGAGUUUGUUAUUUGACAACCCAGAUUGAGAUUCAUUAGAGGGAAAGGUUAAAUUUAUCAGUUAGACAUGAUAAUCAAUGCAUCAUCCCUUGGAGAACGUAUAGAAUGUGCAAAGGUUAUCACCAUUACAUUCUGUGCUUGACCAAUGAUUACUUCAAUGACAACAAAUGUCGCCGAGAUCUCAGGUUUUAAACUCUAAACUUUUGAUUCAGCCCCAGGAACAGGACAGCCAAGGUGAACCUGAAGAUUUUUCUGAUUAUCCUUUUUUUCAUGCCAAAAUAUUAAGCACUGGCUGGGUGCCUAUUGAGGAUAUCGUAGAUUUGAGCAAAAGUGAGACUGAAAGGCAAAGGCGUGAAGGGGAAAGUGUUUGACAAAUAUAUUUGCAGAUGAUGUGAUUGAAGUGAACAACUUUGAUAGAGAAGAAAGUUUUUGAAGGAGCUGGAGUACAUCACUAUUAGUUUCCCCUGGAACUAAAGUGAUCUCAAUUUUCGGGUCUGGAAACUUGAAACAUCAAUUUUUAAAGGUUAUGGAAACCUUAGCAAGGCAAAAAUUCAGUCCAUCUCAAUAUCCAUCUGGUGUUGUGUAAAUUUGAGUUUGAUGUAACCAUGUAUGGGACUAUUUGGAUUCAUAAAUAGUGAAAUUGUUUGUAUGCUAA